CCUCCACCACCGCCCGUCAUGCCCGCUGCCACCCCUCCCUCCUCAUCCGUCUCGUCCGUCUUCCUGCCGCCGUCAGCGCCCACCGCUCCUCCAUCCGCGCCCGCGCCCGCGUACCAGCUCACCUCGCAAUACGCCUCCUGGACCUUCGCGCCUUCCACGCUCGCCGCGCUGCGCCAGUCCGCCUGGUCUGCCGCGCGCGAUCGGCUGGCGCAGCAAUGGGCCGAUGAGCUCGCCCUCUCUCCGGGCGCUUCGCAGCCCGUGUAUCCGAGUCACGAAGCGCUGCAGCUGCUCGUCACGAGCUACCUGGCCAAGCUGCGCGGCCUGACAAAGGUGCUGGGCGUGCCCGAGGUGGUGGAGGAGUAUGCGGCGACGUAUCUGAAGCGCUACUACGUGCGCAAGAGCGAGUUGGAGGGCGAUGUCAGAGGGGUCAUGUUGACCUGCGUCUAUCUCUCUCUCAAAUCCACCUCGCACGCCCUCCCACUCUCUCGCUUCGCCUCCUUACUCGCCGGGCGCGGCGCAAAUGCUCAUUCCGUAGCAUCCGAGAUUGAAUCCUCAGUGCGGGCGCUGGAGUUCGGCGUGGCAGAUGCGCUGGGGUGGGAACUGGUGCUGCAUACGCCGGGCGAGGCGCUCAAAGGACUGAUUCUGGAUCUGCAAACGCUGGAGCCAAGUCCGCUUCCACUGCUGCGCAAGCUGCUACCAAGGGCUCAAGCGCUGCUUGCACUCGCGCGUCUGACGCGAUUGGAGCUGAGCUACUCGGCGAGCCACAUCGCGCUGGCCUGCUUGCGCUCCGCCGGUAGCGGGGAGGCAGAAGCGAUGGAGCAAGAGGCGCACGACUUAGUGCGUCGUUGGCUCGAAGCUAAGGAAGAAGCAGCGCGGAAAGCGGGAGAGGCACAGAGGAGGGAGAAGGCGGAAUGGCGAGCGAAGCAAGCUGCUCGACAGCAAAAGAAGAAUGGCGAAGCCUCCUCCCCUACUGCGCUCGGCGAAGACGCCAUCUCCACCUCCUCACCACUCGGCCUUUCCCUCUCCGCUAUCCUCGACCUCCUCGAGCGGAUCUCAGAGGCGAUCUUCGCUCAAGAAGAGCGCGCACGCGAGGCGAAGGCAAACGCGCCAGAGGGGAGCAAGGGACCGUUUGUGGUGGACAUCGAGGAGGUUCGCAGGAUCGAUGCGGAGUUGAAGGCUUGUGGGGAUCCGGAGGGGAAGGAGGGGAGUGCUUUGAACAAACGCAAGCGACAGGCCGAGGAGGAGGCGCUGGCGUCCAAACGCGCUCGCAAGGCAGAAGCCGUCAAGGCUGCGUCAGGGCCCGAUCCGUUUGGCUCUGCGCCGCUGCUUGCUCCUUCUCUAGGAGACGCACUCGACGCCGGCGGCAAGGAGGAGGGCAGUGGAGGAGGCGGGCUGUUUGGCAGGGAGAUUGAGAGACGGAAGAAGCAGGAGAAGCAAGGAGUGGAUAGUGAUGAGGAUGUGCCGAUGCUUGCUGGCGCUGUACAGAAAUGAAGCAGACGCAUCACCACG